GAAGGUGUGUGUCACAGUCAUACACGAUUCUUGUCGCAACGUGCAGCUCGUGAAACAAUCCGGCAAAAUGAUGAUGGGCGGUGGAAGACCAGUUAUUGUACUUAAUCAAAACACUAAAAGGGAGAGCGGUCGGAAGGUCCAGCUGCAGAAUAUCAAUGCUGGGAAGGUGAUAGCUGAUGUGAUCAGGACUUGCUUAGGCCCUCGAUCCAUGUUGAAGAUGUUGAUGGACCCCAUGGGAGGCAUCGUCAUGACCAAUGAUGGAAAUGCCAUCCUACGGGAGAUCACAGUUCAACAUCCCGCUGCCAAGCACAUGAUUGAAAUUGCUCGUACACAAGAUGAGGAGGUCGGAGAUGGCACCACUAGUGUUGUGAUCUUGGCGGGAGAAAUGCUGGCUGUUGCUGAACAAUUCCUGGACGCCAAGAUGCACCCAAUUGUAGUCAUCCAGGCUUAUCGGCAAGCCCUUGAAGAUGCCCUGGAAAUCCUAGAAAAAGACCUGAGCAUACCACUUGACUUGGAGGACGAGAGCAAGAUGGUCGACGUGAUUCGGUCAUGCAUCGGCACCAAGUUCAUGGGACAGUAUGGAGACUUGGCCUGCAAGAUAGCCCUUAAAGCAGUAAAAACCAUUGCCGUUGAAGCUGGAGGAAAAGUGGAAGUUGAUGUCAAGAAGUGGGCCAGGAUUGAGAAGGUGCCUGGUGGCUCCAUAGAAGACUGCUGCGUGCUGGAUGGAGUCAUGUUCAACAAAGACGUGACGCAUCCUCGCAUGAGCCGCCGCAUUGAGAAGCCUCGAGUUAUUCUUCUUGACUGUCCUCUUGAGUUCAAGAAGGGAGAGUCACAAACUGAUGUGGAAAUAUCGGCUGAUGCUGAUUUCAGUAAGAUGUUGCAACUAGAAGAAGAUUACGUGAAAGCUCAGUGCGCUGAUCUGAUUGCACUGAAGCCCGACUUGAUCAUCACAGAGAAAGGUGUGUCGGACUUAGCUCAGCACUACCUCUCGAAGGCCAACAUUUCCGUUAUCAGACGCGUCAGAAAAUCCGAUAACAAUCGAAUUUCUCGUGCGAGCGGCGCCACUAUUGUGAACAGGACCGACGAAAUCAGAGAAGAAGAUGUUGGCACUGGAGUGGGGCUCUUUGAGGUCAAGAAGAUCGGCGACGAGUACUUCACGUUCCUGACGGGUUGCACUGACCCCAAGGCCUGCACGGUGCUGCUGAGGGGGCCUAGUAAGGACUUGCUCAAUGAGGUCGAGCGAAAUCUGCAAGAUGCCCUCGCAGUGGCCCGCAACUUGCGCCUGUCCCCUGCCAUCGUGGCGGGAGGAGGCGCCGUUGAGAUGGCCGUGUCACAAGCCCUGCAGGAGAAGGCCAAGAGCAUCAAAGGCGUCAAGCAGUGGCCUUACACCGCUCUUGCUCAUGCUCUGGAGGUCAUUCCAAGAACGUUGACUCAAAAUUGUGGCGGUAACAUCAUCCGUCUGCUAACAAAUCUUCGAGCAAAGCACGCGGCUGGCCACAAAAUGUUUGGCGUGAACGGAGAGUCUGGCGAACUGGCGGACAUGCAGGAGCUUAAAAUAUGGGAGCCUCUGGCCGUCAAGCUGCAGGUCUACAAGACUGCCGUCGAGACGGCAGUACUGCUGCUGCGUAUUGACGACAUCGUGUCGGGCUCCAAGAAGAUGAAGGACGAUAUCGGCGGCGGUGCGAUGCCCACUGAAGAGUCUAUGAUGCAGUAGUGGCCACUUCCUUAGUUCUCGCUCCUUGAAUUUUCUCCUUUGUUAUACCUUAACCCAGUUCGUUCAACUUAGCUUAUUGAUAUAAUUGUCCUUCAAAGUUUUUUUUGUGUAACCCUACUAAUGUUUUGUCGAUCUAAUAUGAAAACUUUCCAUUUUCUUUAUGCUCACUAAGGUUCUUUCUGUUUACGUGUCUGAUCCAGCAUGGAUAUCUUACGAAUCUGAACAAUUUUUGAAAUAAUAUAAUGUUUCUUGUUCCUACAAUCAUUCUUUCGUGAUCUCAUUCAUCACGCUCUGUAAGAGUCACUAAUACACGAUUAAAAGU